CCUAGAGAUGGAGAGCUCAGGCAGAGAGCAGAAUUGCAGCUGUGUUGUACUGAGCUGCUGCUGCUGCUCUUCCCAAGCACUGUGUGCAAUGAGAUGGCAAUAGAAGUGCUGCAGUUCCCUUCUUCCAGUCCUAGCUGGGGCUUUCUCUCCCCCUUGUCUGAUCUCUGCUGAAUAGCAACUUCCAAAUCAUCAAAAGGAGAGAGUCAACCUGCCUGACAAUGGAUGUCCGGGGCAGAAAAGACACAGACAAGAGCACCGAAUAAUCAGGAUGAGCCUGAGCACCUUUUGGAAUUAGAUCACCCCGGCUAAAGGAGUGGAUGCUUUCACUUGUUUUCAAGGAUUGUUCCAUUAUCACCGCAUGCAACUGGCUGGAUGAAUUAUGGACAUGUUUGAUACAGCUUGAAGGUGGUGAUGAUCCAGACAGAAGAAUUAAUGUUGCACUCAACACAAAAGAUGUCUGCAGUUUUCUUCGCAACCUAAUAUUAAGGAGAAUCAAAAUCUGGAUUCAUGUUUGGAUGAAUUUUUGAUUGCCGUUUCAACUCAGCUGUGCUUCAUGAGCAAGUAACAGAAUAUCCCAAACGGUGCUACGGCAUAUGGAUUUCAGGACGACAUGUGAUGAGGACUAUUGAGUGCGAUGUAACGGUUGAUGUAAACUCCCUACCUCAGGAUGUAGUAAAAGGCAAAGACAGGAAUUUGUUUGCUGCAAGAUGGUAAUCAAGAGCCUUUCAAAGUUCGACUCCACUUAGCCAAAGACAUACUGAUGAUUCAAGAGCAGGACGUUAUCUGUGUGUCUGGUGAACCAUUCUACUCUGGUGAAAGAACAGUAGCAAUCAGAAGACAAACUGUAGGAGGAUUUGGACUCAGCAUAAAGGGAGGAGCUGAACAUAACAUCCCAGUUGUCAUAUCAAAGAUAUCCAAAGAACAAAGAGCAGAGCUUUCAGGACUUUUAUUCAUUGGAGAUGCUAUUCUACAGAUUAAUGGCAUUAAUGUGAGGAAGUGCAAACACGAAGAAGUGGUGCAAGUUUUACGAAAUGCCGGAGAAGAAGUUACAUUAACUGUUUCAUUUUUAAAAAGGGCACCGGCUUUCCUUAAAUUACCACUGAAUGAAGACUGUGCGUGUGCGCCUAGUGACCAAAGCAGUGGUACAUCAUCCCCCCUGUGUGACAGUGGAUUACAUCUAAACUAUCAUCCAAAUAACACGGACACAUUGUCGUGCUCUUCAUGGCCAGCAUCACCUGCCCUCAGAUGGGAAAAACGGUGGUGUGAUCUCCGCUUAAUCCCACUUCUCCAUUCAAGAUUAUCACAAUAUAUGACAGGAACGGAUUUAUGCAGGCAGAAUGCAUUUCAGAUCACUGCGGUAGAUGGUGUUUGCAGUGGAAUAAUUCAAUGUUUAUCUGCUGAUGAGUGCAUUGAGUGGCUACAAUCUAUAUCAACUAAUAUUUCAAAUCUCACAAAGCACAAUAUAAAGAAAAUUAACAGAAACUUCCCUGUGAAUCAACAGAUAAUAUACAUGGGUUGGGUUGAAGAGCGGGAGCAAGAUAAUCUCCAAGACCAUUUAUACACACCAAAGUUUCUGGCAUUAAGAGGCUCAUCACUUUAUAAAUUUAAUUCACCUCCUGUUACUACGUGGGACUGGAUGCGAUCAGACAAAAAAUUUACUGUGUAUGAAAUAAUGUGUAAAAUUUUUAAGGACAGUGAUCUUCUGGACCGACGGAAACACUGCUUUGGCGUUCAGUCAGAAUCUGGUGAGGACCUGUAUUUCUCUGUGGAGUUGGAGAAUGAACUUACAACCUGGGAGAAAGCAUUCCACACAGCAACUUUUCUAGAAGUUGAAAGAAUACAGUGCAAAACCUAUGCCUGCGUUAUUGACAGCCAUUUAAUGGGCCUUACCAUUGACUUUGGUAUGGGAUUCAUCUGUUUUGAUGCUGCAACCAAGGCUAUACUGUGGAGGUAUAAAUUUUCUCAACUGAAAGGCUCUUCAGAUGAUGGGAAAAGUAAAAUCAAGUUUCUAUUCCAGAAUCAGGAUACAAAACAAAUUGAAGCAAAGGAACUUGAAUUCUCCAAUCUUUUUGCAGUCCUUCAUUGCAUUCAUUCAUUCUUUGCUGCUAAAGUCGCUUGCUUGGACCCUCUUUUUGUUGAUAGUCAGGGAGCUGCCUCUUCAUCUGUAUCAACUUCUGGUGCAACAGCGAGCAUUUGUAAAAUGAAAUAUUCAACUUAACCUGUCCAAAUAGGAAUGCACUCACCUACUGAGAAUAUGCAAACUGUGAAGGAAUAUUUAAGGAAUGGUGGACAUGGGACUCUAGCUCAGGAGACCCAAAUAGAUACUUUUUUUUAUGCCGAAAAAAUAUUCUAUCUUAUGGAUUAAUGACAAUUACGCAUUGUUCAGCCUGGAGGAUACCACUUGCACGUGGCAGCUGGAAAAGCAAAGGUCUGUGUUCACUACAAUAACCCAGGAAAUUAAGGACAUAUUUUUAUUAUUUUCUGUGUUUUAAUGUUAGUGUACAAAUAUGAAAAAUAAAACAAAUAAAAUGGCUACAUGAAUAUAGCACUUAUUUUCUAAGGUUGCAUUGUGAAAGUGUCAAAAAGGAGAAGGAUCUUGAUUAUUUUUAUGGACAGAAUACAUGUUGUUAAAGUAACAAAUAGAGGAAGGCAUUUUAUAAGGCAAACCAUAGUAAUCCCCAAAACAAUCUCCUAGGAAAUGCACUCAAAAAAGCCUAUCCCAUGGAAGUUUAUAAGGAAGCAGACGAUGUCUUGUACUAUUUAUUUCUUUUAUAGUGCACCUUCAUUUUAAUGUAAGAAGAAAUCUCCAUCAAAAACAAAAUCUGUUACAAUAGCCUUAUUAAUUUUAAUGCUUGCGUUUAUUUUCCUACUUUGCUUUUUUCUUGUCUUUAAUGUAUUUCUUUACCUUUGACAUGAAAGCCAUGCAAGUACUUAACAAAGUGAGCAUUGUUUAGCUGAUAUUUUAUAGGAUGAUCCAGUAUCUGUAAACUGCGUAGAGUCUGUCUUGGCUGAAUCAAUGUAGAUUAUGUAAAUGAAGAGGAGAACUGGUUGACAAUAUUGGCUUCUUUCAUCAAAGAAUGCAUUUUUGUUCUCUUUGUAGUUUAUUUCUUUGAACACAUAUAGGUAGUUUUUUAGCGGCACAUACAAUUAAUAUUUAUUUUUUAAGGACUUAAAUAAUA